CAUACUACUACUCCUAUUACUAUUACUACUCUUUCUUAAACUCAUCCGAUGCUUGCUUUACUGUUUUCUUCCACAACUUGUACAUAAAUAGAUCCUUCUCAUCAUUUUUUUUGCCACCAAGUCACACUAUUACAAAAUGAACCACCUUCAUUCCUUAGCUUACACUACCACCACUAACCUCUGUGGCUCUUCCCUAGGUUGGGAUUAUCACAACCUUGGAGUUCUCAACGCGGACAAAAUGUCUUUAAUGCCAGCUAUGGAGGGAAGUACUACACCACCAUCACUAUCAUCACCUCAACACUCUGAUUUCUCAACUGGGUAUCUCGAAGAUGCUUUGAUUGAAUCAUGUGAGCGUUCCAAACGUAGACGUGUGUUACCAUGUGCUGCUGAUGAACAUAGCAAGAGUUUCAUUGAUGACCUUGAGCAGAGUUUCUGGAAUUUCAACCCCUUAUGGAACCAACCAGUAGAGAACUUCAACUUCUACUGCAUGAACCAGAUAGAAAGGUUUUGUGGAUUUUCAGAUGAGCAUAUAAGCACAUCAAGGAGCGAGGAAGCAAACAUUCUUCUAGCAGACACUAAAACACCGGAAGAGACAAUAUCAGCCUCUGAAUCUUUAAAUUCAUCCUCAUCUUCAUACAAACAACCGGUGACAUGCAAAACCACAGACCCCACUGUUGCCCCAACAGAAAAUGAUGAUACCAGGAACAAGAAGGUGGUAACAAGAGUGGUGUAUCCAUUUGCAAUGGUGAAGCCAGGAGGAAGAGAAGGUGAUGUAACAUUGAAUGACAUAAAUGAGAGGAUCCUAAUGCCUCCCACAAGGCCAGUGAGGCAUCCUGUAGGAGACUUUGCAUGUCGGCCAUGCGUGUCCGCAGAGGGUCCAGGCCUUUCAGGGAAAGCAGUGGUGGCCCUUACUAGAAUUCACACACAGGGAGGAAGAGGCACCAUCACUAUUAUCAGAACCAAAGGCUAAGCAAUGUUAACAUUGAGACAGUGUUAUGUUGUUAUGGCUUGGCUAGCACCUAACUAGCUUUUACUUGAAGCAGCUUUUUGGGCCUGAUUUGCUUUGUUUUCAUCAGUCCUUCUUCCAAUUGUAAAGAUGGAAAGCGAUAUCUAUGUAUGUGCAUACACCUUAUAUAAUACUUGAACCUUAUGUUAAAGCUGUUCUUCUCAGAGAUUCAGGCCCAACAUGAACAAUUAUUUGA